CCCGCCGGCGGCUCGCAGCCACCCGCUCUGCUCUGCCCUGCUCUUGGCAAGGCCCGCGCCGGGAGCAUGAGCAGGGCCCGCAGGUCGUGUGCGGCGCAACGAGCGCAACGGGCCCUAGAGCUGAUGCACACUAGCCCCGUCGCCGUCGCCGUCACGGUGCCUCAGUGUCUUGCCGUCGAGUCCCAGCCCAAGUCUUGCACGCCGCCGCCACCGACCCGGCCGCAACCCCUCGCGCACCCAUGGCGAUUCCCAAGGCGAUGCGCCUCCUGGGCGGCGCCACCUUCCUCGUCUUCCUCUUCGUGCUCGUCACCCUCUACCGCAGUGACCCCACGGCCAUCAAGCUGCCGACGGCCGGAAUCAAGGAGCCUGUCAAGCCGGGCCCGCGCCCGCAGGGCUGGGACCACGACCCCCAGCUGGAUCAGUCUGGCGAGGCUCCCGAGCCGCUGCGCCGCGUCAGCGGCAACAACUAUGCCCCCGACAACGCCAACAGCGACCGCAUCAAUGCGACGCUGCUGAGUCUGGUGCGCAACGAGGAGCUCGACGACAUGCUGCAGAGCAUGCAUGACCUCGAGCGCACCUGGAACCACAAGUUCAACUACCCCUGGACCUUUUUCAACGACGUGCCCUUCACCGACGACUUCAAGCAGAAGACGACGGCCGCCACAAAGGCCAAGACGUCGUACCACACCAUCCCCAAAGCCCAUUGGGACAUCCCCUCGUGGAUCAACAAGGACCUCUAUGCCGCCUCCAAGAAGGCCCUCGCAGACAAAGGCGUCCAGUACUCCGAGAUGGACUCGUACCACCAAAUGUGCCGCUGGAACAGCGGCGUCUUCUACCAGCACGAAGCCCUCAAGGACGUCCAGUACUACUGGCGCGUCGAGCCAAAGGUCCACUUCUUCUGCGGCGUCGACUACGAUGUUUUCCGAUGGAUGCAGGACCACAACAAGACGUACGGCUUUACCCUGACCCUGCUCGACUCUCCCGAUAGCGUCAGGACCCUGUGGCCUGAGACCCUCAAGUUCCUGGCCGAUCAUCCCGAGCACGAAGCCAAGAACAACGCCAAAGGCUUCCUGACAGAGGAGAAGGAGAAGGGCCACAACCAGAUCACCGGCGGCUAUUCUACCUGCCACUUCUGGUCCAACUUUGAGAUCGCCGAUCUGAACCUGUGGAGGAGCAAGGCCUACACGCAGUACUUUGAGCACCUCGACAAGGCUGGCGGCUUCUUCUACGAACGCUGGGGCGACGCCCCAGUCCACAGCGUGGCCGUCGCCUUGUUCGAGGAUAAAAGCAAGGUCCAUUGGUUCCGUGACAUUGGUUACCAGCACAUCCCCUUCUUCAAUUGCCCCAACAAUGGGAAGUGCUCUGGCUGCGAGCCCGGCCGCUUCACCGACGGCGACGACUGGCUCAAUUCGCAGGACUGCCGCAACGUGUGGUUCAAAAAUGCCGGUAUGGACUGAGCUGCCACACGUGCUUAUACUCGUCAUCGUCAGAGCCACGUCUGUACAUCUUCGCGGUCGCUGGCCGAUCCUCGCUUAUGCUCAUGCCUUGUACAAUAGGUCUAUAUGUUGCCGUUACAUAUGCAAUUCAUUUACAUGUUUUGAGGUUGGGGGAAAUAUUAUAACGGAGCUCGUUACCGCAGCAUGAGAUGGUUAGGCAUGGCGUUUGGGAGCAUCGCUACGUUCGACACACGUCCGUGGCCGAAUGGUGAAUCUGUGUAUAUUUCAUACAUAACAUACCCCAAAAGUAUAGCCUAUAGCAAAUGGACAAAAUAGCGUCGUUUUUUCUCU